AUGGCUGAUCCUUAUAUCUUGAAGCCAGGACCACAAAGUGGUCCUGGCAAGCUGCCUUUUUACACCCAUGCUGCUCAUGUAUGGAGCUCUCCCCCAGGGGCUGUGUCUUCACUCCACAAACCUCAGCCUAUUGUCAAAAGGCACUCAGCACCUGCAAAUCCUCUGAAGGACUGUCCUUUAAUUGCCAGUUCACAGAAAACUACCACUGUAGUUUCCAUGUCAAUGGAAGCCCCUUUAGUCUCAAAAUUUGAGACCAGGCUUGGUUUCUCAUCAGCACCAUCUCCAAGUGAUCCCCCGACUAAAGAUCAUGAGUUUUCUGCUGCCUUUUUUGCAACAGAAUUAUGCAAGCAAAUUAUUGCUGCCCUCAAGGUCACUGAUGGGGGCAACACAGAGACAGACAUUUGGUUCUUGCAUGUGUCACAAGACGAUUAUGAUCAUGUCAUGAGCACUAUUGCAGAAACUGAGGAACUUAUUCACAAACCAGCAUACAUUCCAGAUCUCAAAUGCUUCAUUGCUUACAAACUGCCAUCAUGCACACACAAUAGUUUUCUACCCCCGAUGACCAGGGUCAUAGAAUGUGCAAUUGAAUCAAUGCCCAUCAAUGCACUUUGGGAUCUUAUCUUCCCUAUACAUAUGUCAUUGCUACUUAUUGUUAUGGCAAAGAAGCUGGGCAUGCCCGACCUUCUUUUUGAGAUGGAUGGACCGGGUGGCAGCAUCCCCUUGUGGAUAAUGGAAGUCAGCUUUUCAUGGGCAAAAGAUGAAGUGAUGUCUAGUGUUUGUCAUUACGCAAUGGAGUGCAAGGAUGUUCAAGAGUGGAAGGUUGUGUCGGAUGAUCCAGCCUUUGGGCCAGUUAUGUCCUCGGUACCGCAUCAGUGGGCCAGUCCCCUGACUAUCAAGGUCAAGACCUGGCUCUGUCAAUCAGAUGGAGAGUUCUCUCUUGAUGAAAUGAACAGCAGUUCCUAUUAUGUGUGGGCGGAGAUUUGUCCGACCAGGGACUCCGCUGAGAUCACACAUCUCGAUUCAGUGUUCCACCAAGCCAUGAAACUCAUAUGCAACAAAAUCACCGGUUAUGUGCAGGAGCAUUGUGAGUUCGAUGAGGAGAAUUUGAGCGCCAUGCGUGAAUGGAUACCUCCAGAUCCUCUAUUCAACUGGGAUAAGGUCAUGAAUCACAUUUGCAAGGGAGUGCUAUAUGAUGGGUUUGACUGGUACUGUGACUGGCAUGUCAAUUUGAAGUGCCAAGCAGAUGAGCUUGCAGAGCAAUUCCCACAGGAAGAGCCCAGCAAGUGGCCCAAGAGAGGUUGA